CAAAAGUCAAAAUGGCGGACGACGUCGUCAAUUCGGAUGAGAAAAAACAGGUUUGCACUACUUGCUUCCUAGAAGACACUGAUUAAACGCUGUUACAUUUGACUAAAGAGUUAUUGAUAACUUUCUUCGUUACGUAGUAUAGUUGGAAUGUGAAGAAGUUUAUCCAGAAAACGCCAUGUGUUCGUGAAUCUUUGAUGUAUGGAAUUCUCGGCGGUUCAGUGGUUGGCGUUGGUUAUUUUAUUAAAUCAAGUGAGUAAAACUAAAAGUUCUUUUAUUUCUGCUGGAGGUUUGAUCAUGCUUCAACUUUUAUACAGUGAGGAGAGUUAGGGGAUCGGAUGCAUGGUGGCGUUGAUUGUUGUGGAAAUCUUUAUUUGAUUCGCCCCAUGGAAGGGAAUCCUAGACAGUCUUGGAUUCUGGAUUCCAGGUACUGGAUUCCAUUCUUUCUAGUGGAACUUGGAUUGUGGUUUCCAAUGGUUAGUGGGAUUUUGGAUUCCUUAAGCUGUGUUCCCAAUCCCAAAGGUCAGGAUUUUGGAUUCCACAUCAAAAUUACCGUGGAUUCCAAAUUCCACCAGCAAAUAUUUCCUGGAUUCUCUUACAUGGGGUGUUGUAUACAUCAGGAACUGCAAAGGGGGGUGGGGCUGUGGCCCAACCCCCCCUUACUUUUUCAGAUGGUACAUUUUUUUUAAUUACAUACUUUGGUUUCCCAGAUCUGUCACUUACCACACAAACAAGGUUUAGUAAUCUGACAAUACUGAACGCCCACAAACAGAGAACAGACAAACUUUGUCUUGUAGCUGUUACCAAUUAGUUUGUAGCUCCUAAUGACAAUCGGAGAGGCAACUUUGGCCACAUUCAGAGAAUCCGACUUAAAAAUGUCCGUGUGACACUCAAACCGUUGCAUGUGUUGGGUUUAGCUUCAAAGUCUAUUCAUUUUAAUUUCAGUCUAACGUGGGGGCCAGGUUGUAACUGGUUGUUUUAAGUGCCGAUGUAAUAAUUACAAAUUUAUAUUACUAUUGUCAGUUUUAGAUGCAUUUAUAGCCAUUUCAGAAGACUUAAAUGUGAAAUUUGCCCCAGGGAGCAUGCCCCCCAGGGAAAGCCCCAUACCUAAGAAAAUGUUGUAAUCAAACCAUUGAAGAGAUUUUGGUUAUCACAUGACUGUAUGUCUGUCUGUCCGUAGCACUUGGUAACCAGUCUUUCUGGCUAGUGUAGUGUGGGAGCCUGUAACCUAUAUUCAACUUGAUAAUAGACAGCCGUAUAAUUAUGGUCAAUUGACAACUAUCAAAAUAGGGUAUCCACUAACCAGACUCACAUGACUGUAUCGCUUGCUCAGGUGCCCACUCAUUGAAGUCACGUGACCAUUUAUUAGCUCUUAAUUGAUCACAGGCUAAAGUUUAUGUUUUUCAGUCGUAUGUUUCUCCCCUAAAGUUAAGUAUGGAUUUUUGGAUUUCUUAUUGCAGUGGUUUAAAGUCCAUUGACUGAGGUAAAUUUAAAAUGCCUUAGCAGGAGCGUUGCUUUGAACUCUGGCUAAAUCUAAGUGUAUGUUAGUGGAGAGUUUUUGUCUGUUGGAAAAAAGUUCUGUUCUUCAGAACCAGGUCUUAUAUAUGCCUUUUUCUUUGCAGUGCAUGUUUUGAAGUCAUGCCGCUAUGCAGUUGGUUCUUUUACAUUAAUUUCAUUUGGAAGUUGGUAAAUUGCCUUUUGUUCGUUACAGGGUUAAGCUUCUAAAGGAACUGAGGGUAUAUCACAAGCAGUGCAGGAGCAAAACAAAGGAAUUGACAUAAUCAAACCCUCAAGGGUUAUGCUUUCUUAUUUUGCCUAUUUUAAAAGCAGUAAUUUCCUCCCAUAGGUUAUGGUUUUUUGGGUCUUUUCCUUAAACAGGUUGUUAAAUUUUAUCAGGGUGUGUUUCUGGAGUGGCUUGAUCUGUAGGGUUUGAAAAAAAAAUCUGCAUUAACAUAAUUAUUUUAAGACAGCUUUAUGCCAAAGUUUUUGCAGCUAAAACAUUUUUUUUAAAAUUUUCUAGUAUCCUAAAAGAUCUUUUGCUGGAAUUUUUGUUUCACAUAGUAAUUCAGUUUGUUUCAUGAAUAUGAAUCAUGCAGUUACUCGAUAAAGUUAUCUACAAUCAGAUGACCUUGUUCAAGUGGAUACACUUUAUUGAAAAAGCUCCAUAUAUUUUAUUUUAUAAUACCUAUUCAACACCUUUCACAUAAAAGUAAAAUUGUAAAUCUUACAUUCUUUCUUUACAGGGAGGUAUGCAGAUACAUCAAGUAUAAAGAGAUAGAGGCUGUGAAAGAAAGUGUGGAUAUGUUAAAUAAAUAUAAAGAGCAAAAGAGAGAUGAAGUUGAAGAUGAUUGAAACUGAACCAAAUUCUGUUGUUUGACAUCCAUAUAUCUUUAAUAAAAUAAAGACACAAGUAUAUUAAUUUUAUAAGGGUGCUUGUAAUAUAAAUCAGAUUUGGUGUAAAUCUCCACCAGCUUAAGUACGAGAGGCGUGUCUGUACCUGUAAGGACAGACACGUUGUUUUUUUGUACCCAAUAUAUGGUAUUGUGGC